AUGUCCUCGCUGAACGAGUUGUCCGAGCUCCGCGAACAAAUAAUCCGCAUCAAGGAGGAUGAGAAAGUUCCCAUCGUCAUUGUGGGCAACAAAUCCGACCUGGAAGAGGACCGCGCCGUUCCACGCGCGCGCGCCUUCGCCCUCUCCCAAACCUGGGGAAACGCUCCUUACUACGAAACGUCGGCCCGUCGACGAGCCAACGUCAACGAAGUCUUCAUUGACCUCUGCCGACAGAUCAUCCGAAAGGACUUGCAAGGAAACUCCAAGGGCUCCGACUCGGAUCGCAAACGGGAAGGUGGCAAUCGGCAGGACCGUCGAAAGGACAAAAAGCGCCAGACCCGGCGUAAGGGACCCUGCGUGAUCCUAUAA